AGGUGGCUUCCUCCCGCAAAACAUUUCCUCUAUUGUUUCUCUAAGAAAUAGAAAAUAGAAGGAGCGAAGAAAGAAGCAACCGGAAAGAAAAACCCCAUACCCAAACCCUUCUAAUCUCUUCCCAGCGGUGAACGAUGAUAGAGCUCGCAACCUCUGAAGCUGCAACAACGCUUCCGGAUCGGUCAUUGUCACAGAAACUUUGAAAUCGAUUGCGGAACAAUGAAGAAGCGCAAGGAAUUCGGCUAUGAAUUUCCUUCAAUUUUUCCCGCUGCGAAAUCCAGGAGACUUGAGCGAGAAUGCGAGUUAUACAGUGCGAUGAUGGAGGAAGAGGCAAAUGUAACGGUGAAUCAACCCUGUGUGGACCCUACUCCUGCAUCUGUGACAGCCACGGAAGAGAGAGCGCUUGUGCUUUACGAUCCAAGCACUACACCUUUUCUCAAGUCACCAAGCUCUUCUGAGUUCUCUAUCGUUGUUAAAGCUGACUUGAUUCCUGGUUUAAAGGAUUAUUUAUUAUCAUGGGGUGCUGCCAAGCAAAAUGACCCUGUUGAAGAUGCAGUGAGGAGAGAGAAGAAUUCUGAAGUGUCAAAAGACGGUUUGGCUGUCGUCCCAUGGGUUGCCUUCCAUUCUCCUAUGGCAUGCGAAGAGAUAGUUCCAGAAACAGGUCAACCUUUAGAGGCGGAAGAAGGUGAAUUGAUGGAAAUGGAUUAAUCUAAUGUCAAUAACCACAGUGAGAAAGCUGUGGAGAUUGGUGAGAAGUGGCGGCAGCUGGAGCAUCAUCAUCAUGGCAACCAACAACACCAUAUGAGGCUCAAUCUGAAGCAGAACACUUCCACUCCUAUUCAUUGGUGCAAGCACCCCUGAGCCCCGGUUUGUUUAUGCGUUUCUUCUGGUAGUGUUACGCUACUUGUGGUCACCAAUUCCUCCAAUGGCUUUUUUGUGUAUUAUGAAAGAUAAUAUUGGAGAUCUAUCAAACUACUCAAAUUUCACGGUAGGAUAGUUGCAGGACCAGGAGUACGGCAUACAUGCACAUUUUAUUGCCAUAUCCAGGACCAUUGAUGGAUCUCCUCUAUUUUCAUUAAAAAAUGGACGCAAUCUUGGGCAUUAGAAAUUUUUAAAUCGUUAAUAAUUUUAGUAGUUGGGUAAAGAAAUAGAGAGAAAAAAAAAGGAUGGAUUUGAACUCAUUUCUAAUAUGGUACAUUAAAAAAAACAAAAAAGAAUAGAACUACUCAUGCAUUACUUUGUGGAGCAAGAUAUCAGAGAAAUUAUGUGAAUG